AUGGUCAACAACAUCCUCGGCUUUCUAGCACUGAUCCUUGCGGCUGUCGCCGCUACAAGCACUCCCAACUCGGCAGGCAUGAACAACAGCUUUUACUACUCAAUGUGGUCGGACGGCGUCUCGGACGUGACGUACACCAAUCUGGCGGCCGGCGGGUACGCAGUCAAGUGGUCGAGCGCCAGCAACGGCGGCGGCAACUUUGUCGCGGGCAAGGGCUGGGAGGUCGGGACGCACCGCACCAUCUCGUAUUCGGGGACGUACACGCCCCGUGGCAACAGCUACCUCACGGUUUACGGCUGGUCGCACAACCCGCUCAUCGAGUACUACAUUGUGGAGAACUACGGCACGUACAACCCCGGCAGCGGCGGCCAGCUCAAGGGCACCGUCACCUCGGACGGCAGCGUCUACGACAUCUACACGGCCAUGCGCUACAAUGCUCCCAGCAUCGAAGGCGACAAGACUUUCCAGCAGUUUUGGUCCGUGCGCCGCAACAAGCGCACGGGCGGUAGUGUCACGACCGCCAACCACUUUAACGCGUGGGCCAAGCUCGGCAUGAAGAUUGGCACAACGAUGGCGUACCAAAUCGUCGCGACCGAGGGCUACCGCAGCAGCGGUUCGGCCAGCAUCACGGUGGCGGCCGACGGCGCCUCAUCCAAGCCCACCUCCAAGCCCACCUCCAAGCCCACCGCCAAGCCCACGUCCAAGCCCAAGCCCAAGCCGGCGUCGAAGGACAACCUUCCCACGAGCUUCAAGUGGAGCUCGUCCGGUCCGCUCAUCUCGGCCAAGGCCGAUGGCAAGGGCGUGAACGCGAUCAAGGACCCGACGAUCGUGCAGGUCAACGGCCAGUACCACGUGUUUGCGAGCACGGCGUCGAAAGCCGGGUACAACCUCGUGUAUCUGACGUUUUCGGACUGGGCCAAGGCGCAGUCCGCGCAGUUUCAUUACCUCGACGCGACGCCGAUCGGGAAGGGGUACCGCGCGGCGCCCGAGGUUUUCUUUUUCAAGCCGCACAAUCUGUGGUACCUCGUGUACCAAAACGGCAACGCUGCGUACUCGACCAACAAGGACAUUGCCAACCCAUCCGGGUGGUCGGCGCCGCAGAACUUUUACGCGAGCCAGCCCAAUACCAUCAAGCAAAACAUCGGCAACGGCCACUGGGUCGACAUGUUUGUGAUCUGCGAUGCCGCCAACUGCCACCUCUUCUCGUCGGACGACAACGGCCACCUCUAUCGGUCGUCCACGAGCAUCAAGAACUUUCCCCGUGGCUUUGGCGAGCCCGUCAUCGCGCUCCAGGAUACGGUCAACAAGUUUGCGCUCUUUGAGGCCUCGUGCAUCUACCGUAUCGGCAACCAGUACAUGCUCGUCGUCGAGGCCAUUGGCAGCGACGGCCAUCGCUACUUUCGGUCCUGGAAGGCGUCGAGCCUUAGCGGCGCCUGGACUGCGCUCGCCAACACGGAGGCCAACCCGUUCGCGCGCGCCAGCAACGUCCUGUUUGCCAAUGGCGCCGCGUGGACCAAGAGCAUCAGCCACGGCGAGCUCGUGCGCACGCAGACGGACCAGACGCUGACGGUGGACCCGUGCCAGCCGCUGCGCUUCUUGUACCAGGGCCUCGACCCCAAGGCCGGCGGCGACUACGACGCGCUGCCGUACAAGCUCGGUCUUUUGACGCAAACCAACGCCGUCAAGUGCUAAUGCGUUGGUCUUUUGUCGUUGCUCUUGCCACGAUCAGUGAUAUAAUGUCAUUUGGUGUCACUAUUCCGAUU